UUCUACGACACCCUGCGUCCUUCCCUUUCCAGUCAAGCAACACUUCCCUGUGAAUAAACUGAAACAAUAUCUGGCGAUUUCAAGUCCGAAAUUGCGGUCUGGGCACUUCCGAUUUUUGUUCCCUAACGCGAACAUCAUAUAUCAUUAUAGUCUCACGGCUAUUGAUACUGAUAUCACCGAACACUGGAUGGUCGCUUACGAUACCGCCCUUUCUGCUCCACUCAACACCGAUGCCUUCCGUCCAUGCUGCAGGGGAUGGAGAGGGCGAAAACCCAGGGAUUCCGCCCAUGAAUGCCCAAGGGACACCUGAUGACUCUGAGCACGUUCUCCAGCCUCGAACGACGGCUAAUUCCCCUCGGCGACAGAAAAAGGCAGCUCGCAAUGUAUUUGGGGUGCAGCAACGUGAAUUCAAGGUCGGAGGGAAUGACGCGUCCGACUAUGAACAAAAAUUUCCGGAAGAUAAACAGUACGAGGAACUGGGUCCGCUUGCUAGAGUAUGGCGGACAUACCUUGAAGAGUGUGCUGCAUUUGACACAGAGAUGUUGGAUGAAUGGAGGGAUGGACUAGAUGUUUUCCUGGUUUUCGCUGGUCUCUUCUCCGCCGUAGUCACUACCUUCGUUGCUCAGACAUCGCAGAGCCUUCAAGUCGACUAUGGUCAAGUCACGGCGACACUUGUGUACGAGCUCAUCGACGUCCAGCGCGCGGCGGCCAAUGGCUCCUCCGUGAAUGACGUUCCCCGUUCAGACCUUACUCCGUUUUCGACAUUUAGUCCCACGGCGUCUGAUGUGUUAGUCAACGGACUGUGGUUUACCAGCCUCUCAUUCAGUUUGACAACCGCACUAUUUGCUGUCCUGACAAAACAAUGGAUUCACCAGUAUGUCACCGUUCCGUCGGGGACACCACAGGACAAGUGCCGUGUACGUCAAUUCCGGUACAUGGGGCUCCAGCAGUGGAGUUUGGAGUGUUUUUUCUGGGUCUGGUUAUUUUUUUAGUCC